AUGCGGACUACACUUCUCGCAUGGGCAUGGGCAUGCAUGCCAACAGCAUUCGCGCUUCUCAUUAAUAUGCCUGUCAAUGCUACGUCUGGCCAGGUACUAGAACUCACUUGGAAUCGGGAUCCGAAUACUGUCGUCUUCUACGCCACAAAGGACUUUAAAUCCUUAACACCCAUUGGAGUCGCCCCGACAGGUAACUUUGAGACAUCUGCGGACCUUUCAAACGUUCCAACCGGUUCUGGCUAUAUCAUUGUGGCGUAUGCCGUCUCUGGCGAGGGUCCCCUGGGUUCAACGCAAAAGUUCACAGUCAACUAUUGA